AUGUCGACCGCCGCGCUCGCCCGUCUCGAGCGGUACACCGCAUGCGACGUCUCAGACGCUCUCCUCAAGCUCAAGGUCCCCGGGGCAGGAUUCAUCGCAGACCUCAGCCCCUACAGCACCAAGCCGGGCAAGGAAGCCGAGAGCCCGACCGUCGCGCCCGUGUCCACCGUCCUGUUCGCCGCCAAGGGCGAGGCUCCCGCCGAACCAGCGCCCAACGUCCCCAAGGACGGCCACUGGAGCGACGCCACCCAGCCGGGCACCUUUGUGGUGAUGAGGCAGCCCCCGGGCCAGACAAACGCCAUCUGCGGUGGCAUCAUGGCCCUCCGCAUCAAGAUGCGCCGUGCAAAGGGCAUCAUUGUCGCCGGCCGCGUGCGAGACGUGCAGGAGCUCAAACGCACCGACCUCCCGAUCUUGGCCCGCGGCGUCUCGACAGUCGGCUCCGGCGGCGGCAGCGUCCCCUGGGCCACGCAAGUGCCCCUUGACAUCGACGGCGUCGUCGUCUCCCCGGGCGACGUUGCCCUCCACGACCCCGCCAAUGGCGUCGUCAUUAUCCCCAGGGACAAGCUGGACCAGGUCCUCGAGAUGCUGCCCGGGCUUGUCGCCGCGGACGACAGGGUCAAGCAGGACGUGCUGAAGGGCAUGUCGGUACACGAUGCGUUCAAGCUCCACCGGGGGACCUGA